CCGCCGCAUCUUGACUGGACGGGGGGUGCCUGUCAACCUCGCUUCAGCCUCGAUAGAUCCAUCCUACGAAUCUAUUCAACUCUCUACGAGUAGUCUGCAUGUUCAAAUGUAGCUAUUCUUGUUCAAUCGCCACAUUCACGCACCACUGCGCUGUCUCACAACUUCGAUAAAGCAGUCCCCCGAGCUACAAGUGACUUUAUGGAUUCUUCCAACGAAAGAAGAGCAUCACCUCUCUCAAGCACUGCAUCUGGUUGGUAUCCACGUCGCUGUUUUUCCUUAUUGCGGCAGACAAUUAUCGCAUCUCUGCGCGGACGCAGAUCACACCGAGAAGAUCAAACGAUCGCCAACAACAUGGAAGUGUGUCCGAGUGCAGCAACGGAGGCAGCUCCCGAGACAGAAGUUAUCACGGCAGCUGGAACAGACGUUGAGAUAACCGAAGCAGUCCCGUCGGAGUCUUCUGUCGAUGUACCGUUACACCCGGCACAGCCAGAGACCGCGAAUGAUGCCUCCGAGCUGUCAGACGAUGACACCCCCAAGUCCUAUGAGGAUGAGGGACCUCCUCCAUGCUAUAUAUGCGACAUGCGGAUCGAGACUGAGCCUAUCAUACCUUGUCGAAGCUGCAAGAACCCCUGCUGCCGUGUCUGUGUCCGAAAGAUGUUCUCUGAAGCCUGCACGAAAUUGAUCGCUAUGCCUCCAAAAUGCUGUGUUACUGUCCCCUUGGCGAUCGGUCGUCUCGUUCUUUCCCCAGAGGAAGUGGCCUCAUUCAAGGAGAAACACGACGAGUGGCGGACCCCAAAUCCUACCUACUGUCCCGACCCAAUUUGCUCUGCAUUCAUUCCGAACCAUUAUUACCUUGAGCAGGCAUGCGACAUCAGCGAUCUUCCAACACCCCCUUCCUCUGUCACAACCACGCCACCAAAGACACCACAACAAUUCUCGUGCCCAAAGUGCGAGGUACAGAUCUGCAGUUCAUGCAAGAAACUUGCCCAUCCUCUUGGCAACUGUUCUGGACCGGAUGCUGGCGACCUAGAGCUCAAAAAGUUGCUGAAACAGUGGGGGUACAAAAGGUGCCCAAAAUGCCGGACAGCUGUCCGUAGGAUGUGGGGUUGCGCACAAAUGCAAUGCCUCUGUGGUGCGCAAUGGUGCUGGCAUUGCGUUGGCCCGUAUGAAAUCUGUCGAAAUCGUCCUUGUCCUGCGGAACAAGAGUCCGAGGCUUUCGAUCGCGAGAUCAAUCUUGCAGCGUGGGAACGGAUGAAUCCUGGUCAGCCGUAUCCUGAAGAUCAAGACGAUGAAGAAGAUGAAGAUACUGAAGAAAACGAAGACAAUGGAGACCAGACUAUGAAUCAGGCCGAAAAUACCGACCAGUUCCAAAACGAAACGGACGCAGAUCCCUCGGUCAGUACAGACACGACACCCGCUAUCACUCCAGAGGAGCCGCUCGUCAACCUGGACAUACUCUGGAACUGGGAAGAGGGAGACGAAGAAAUCUUUGGCAAUGAGCCUGGCAGUGGUUUCCAGGACCAGUUCCACUGUGAGCAUUGGUUUGAUGGUUCCAAACUCUACCUCGACCCAACACUGCAUUACGAAUGCGAGCAUUGCUGGAAGAUGGUUUUCCCUCCACUACCCAAAGAGGUGGACGGCGAAAAGAACGAUUCUACCGCUUCUACAUCCAGUGACACCAGGAUUGAGCAGCCACAAGAAGAGACGGAUUUCAACCUCUGCAAUCUAUGUGUACUGAUACUUUGCGGGGAUUGUCGCAAGAAGGAUGAAGCCGUGGAGAAGCCCACCAUUGACGCUGCAGUUCGUCUGCACAACGCACAGCUGGUUGAGGUGCUUUCCGAUGAGCCUCCAAAUCCCGGAGAAAGUGAGGACAAGAUUGCAGAGGUCGAGGAGGUAGAGGAGGGCUCUUAGGAUGGAGCUUUCAUACACAUUGAUGGGUUAAUAGCUACAGUCUUCUGAUAUUCAUAUACCAUCUACCUAGUCAGAAUAACAAGAAUAUUCAUCAAGCCUGACAGGAAUUGAUCUAAUUCAAAUCUGCAAACA